AUGUGCCAAUGUCAUCGUCCAAGACGCGAUCCGUGCUCGGCAGCAAACAAUCAUGACGUGGUCGUCACCCACACGGUCAUUAAAUGGGAAGUGCAUUUCCAGUUGAAGAUGCUUAUCGGUCAAGUUACUCUGACCUGUUCGAUGCUACGUAAAACGGACAAAAUUUUGCUAGACGUGCGCGAGCUAUCUAUUCGUUCGGUGACCGUCAAUGGAACCGUGGUCGAUUAUCGCAUUGCUCCUAAUGUUUACACUUUCUUCGGAUCCAAAAUGACCAUCUAUCUUCCCAUAGAAUUCCAGGAGGAAGGCCGCGAGCUAAGUGUGAUUGUCAUUUACAGUACUUCACCUGAUGCUACUGCUCUACAAUGGAUGAAAAAAGAACAGACUGCUGAUAAAACAGCACCGUAUUUGUUUUCGCAAUGUCAAGCUAUUCAUGCUCGAUCAGUUGUGCCUUGUAUGGAUACACCAUCAGUGAAAUCAACCUAUGAAGCGCAAGUGACGGUCCCAACGGGCCUAACAUGUCUGAUGAGUGCGAUCGGUGAGGGAUCGAAAGGCGAUGAAGAGUUCACGACGUUUUUCUUCAAGCAGCCUGUUGCCAUCCCGUCCUACUUGAUUGCUAUAGUUGUAGGUGCUUUGGAGAAACGUGACAUUAGUGAGAGAGUGGCGGUGUGGGCAGAACCGUCAGUGGUCGACAAGGCGCACUGGGAGUUUUCCGAAACAGAGGACAUACUCGCUUGUGCGGAGGAGAUCGUCGGGAAGUAUAUUUGGGGAAGAUAUGACAUGGUCUGCCUUCCACCAUCGUUUCCGUUUGGAGGGAUGGAAAAUCCUUGCCUUACAUUUCUUACGCCUACUUUAAUUGCUGGAGAUCGAUCACUCGUAAGUGUGAUUGCACAUGAAAUCGCUCAUAGCUGGUCCGGAAACUUGGUCACGAACAGCAGUUGGGAACAUUUCUGGUUAAACGAGGGUUUUACUAUGUUCAUUGAACGGAAAAUCUGUGGACGUCUGGUUAGUGAGGACUACAGACAAUUUAUGGCGUUUAAUGGAUGGACUAAUGCUCUUAUGCCAGCUGUUUACGAACAAUUCACACCCACUCAUCAAUUCACCAAACUUAUCCAAGAUCAUACCAAUGUGGAUCCAGAUGUUGCAUUUUCUUGCGUCCCUUACGAGAAAGGAUCUGCUCUACUCUUCUAUUUAGAACAAAAACUUGGAGGUGCUGAAGUUUUCGAGGCAUAUCUUCGUGAUUACAUCAACACAUUUGCGCACAAAGCUAUAGACAGUUACCAAUGGAAGAAACAUCUCUAUGAAUACUUCAACGACAAGAAGGAUAUCCUUAACACGGUUGUCUUCGAUGCAUGGUUCUACGCGGUUGGAAUGCCUCCCGAGAAGCCAGACUAUGGACAAACGAUGAUUGUCGCCUGUGAAGCGUUGUUCAAGUUGUGGAUUGAAGUUGACGAGGAACAAGCCGAUAAAAUCACCGAUGACAUCUACAAAUGCAUGCAACCACUGCAACAAAUCGAGUUCAUCAGUCAACUAUGGCAGCACGAUCCUCCACUUGAACAUUGGAAACUCGAAGCGCUUAACAAUCUAUACGGUCUAAACAACUCGGAGAACUGUGAAAUCCUUCUGAACUGGAUUCGGCUAUGCAUCAAGGCAAAAUGGGAACCGAUUAUCGAGAAGGCGCUAAAAUUCGUGACUUCCCAAGGCAGGCUAAAGUAUUGUCGACCAGUCUACAGGGAUUUAACUGGUUGGCCAGCGGCAAAAAGUCGUGCUCGUGACUCGUACAUCAAGAGUCGUUCUUCCAUGCAUCCGAUCACAGCUGAAAUGAUCGCAAAAGAUCUUCACAUGAGACAUUCAACACAUACAGUCUGCUUCUAG